AAUUGUCCGCUGGUGUGAUGUUUUGCUCGAUAUGAACCCUAACCUCAGCAUCAAUUGGGUCAAACGCUCUGGAAACUCUGUUACGCACUCCUUAGCUAAUUGGGCCUCUAUUGAGCCCAAUAAAACUUGGUUUAAUAACUUUCCCUUGUAUAUCCUGGAAAAUCUCCAAACUGAUAUAUUGUUGCUGCUAAUCCUGCUAUGCGUAUUUCCUGAAAACAAGACGUGAACAACGGUGGGAGACAGUGCAAUUCAACUGCGAGGUCAACGGUGGUUCCUACGGCGGUUAAAGAUUCAUCUCUCUCUCUCUCUCUUUUGUGAGAAUUCGAACUUCGGUGCUACAUAUAAAUAAGGAAGUGUUCUAUGAAUGUGAUGAAUAUGAAUAAGGAAGUGGAGUCUUCAAACUCAAAGCUUGUUGAAGAAUUGUGGGUGGUUAUAUCCAAAAAACUCAACACUACAAUUGGCGUUGUUCGAUUUCGCAGUAUUUGUAGGUUGUGGCGCUCUCUUCUAGCUCCUCCACCUACCUCUCACAACCUCUGCAUUCGGCAUUCAAAAUAUUUACUACUCCAAACCAAAAUAUACUGCAUUCAACCAUCACCACAUGAUCACAACCCUACUACAUCUUCGCCAUCUAAUAAAGGUUCGAUCAUUAAGGUUUUUAAGAAUUCAAAAUCCUCCAAACUCCAUCUAUUUGAUCUCUUCACUAAUAAGAGAAUCCAAAUCGAGGAAACUAAUGAAAAAGUUUUGAAUUUGAUGAACUUUCGAGUUGUGGAGUUGUUUGAACUAUAUACUCAAAGUCAUAGCGAAAAUGAUAUUAAACUUAGGUGUGUAUCUUCUUGCGAUGUUUGCAAAGUUUGCAAAGUAAUUUUGUUUUCUAUUGAGGAUCGUCGUAUGGUCUUUGCACUACAUAACGAUAAAGAGAUUAAAGUUUCCAAUAUCGGAGAAAGUGAAGAGAUCACAUUGAAGGAUGAUUGUGGAGAAAACAAUUAUUUUGAUGAUAUAAUACAUUACAAGGGACAACUUUAUGUUGUAGAUAAAAUGGGAACAAUUUUUUGGGUCAAUGCUUUUACCUUGAAGUUGGUUCAAUUUUCACCAAAAAACAUGUUCUAUUAUGUUGAAAAUAGGCAUGUAAGGUCGAAUUGGGAUAAAAGGGUGAAUUCUAAUUUAAAUAAGAAGCAAUUAGUAGAGUAUGAUGAAAGUCUAUAUGUGGUUGAUUUGUAUAUUAAUGAUGAAAGGUAUUACAAAAGAGGUUACUUCUUGAAGGCUGCUUUUGUGGAAGUUUAUAAACUUGAUCAAGAAUGGGGUAAAUGGUUACAAAUAAAAGAUUUGGGUGAUGUUUCAUUUGUUUUGGGUAGAGAUUCAAAUUUUGCAUUGUUGGCUCAAGAUUAUUAUGGAUGUGAAGGAAAUUGCAUCUACUUCUAUCAUGAAAGCAAAGUUUCUUGUUUCAACUUAAAGACUUCACAGCCUAAACUUGCUGACAAUUUUUGGCCAUCUCCAACUUUGUUUCAUCCCAUGAGCGGUUGAUAUGUAGACUCUUAUGCAAAGUUGUGGAGACCUACCAACUUCUUUGAAGAUUUGUAGUUAAAUUUAUCGAUAAUCUAUCAAUUGCAGAGUUAUAGACUUUAAUCUAAGUCACUGUUGGUAAAUUAAAUAAGCUAGCUUAUAGUUUAUUGGACUAGCUUAUAAACUUGUUUGAUAAAAAUAUGAAGUGUUUGGUAACGAACUUCUCUAACUAGCUUUUAGCUUUUUUUGAGAUGCUAUUACAAAGCGUAUGAACUUAUAGCUUAUAGCUUUUUCAUUUUA